GGGCUAGCGCGGAGCCCGGGAGGAGCCGAGGCGGGCGGCGCUGCCGCAGGAGCGGGCUCUGGAGGGGGCGGAGGGCGGGGCCGCGCGGGUCGCUGCAGGCCUCGCGUCCACCUGCCUGGCGGCUCCUCUCCCGGGCGGUCGGCGGGGCGAUCGCGGGCGCGGGCUCAUGGCGGCGUCGGCGGCUCUGUCUGCGGCGGCGGCGGCGGCGGCCCUGUCGGGCCUGGCGGUGCGGCUGUCGCGCUCGGCCGCGGCCCGCGGCUCCUACAGCGCCUUCUGCAAGGGGCUCACCCGCACGCUGCUCACCUUCUUCGACCUGGCCUGGCGGCUGCGCAUGAACUUCCCCUACUUCUACGUCGUGGCCUCGGUGAUGCUCAACGUCCGCCUGCAGGAUCACCCGGGAGAAUCUCGAGAUGGCUUUGGCUUGGUCCUGGAGGUGGCAAGUUUGCUGCUGAGCAGCUCGCUCCAGCCGUCGGACACGGAGCAGAGACCCAGUGGGACAGACCCCGAGCGGCCUCCGCCAGCCACCGCGCCCCACGCCUCCUCCGGUGCCGCUGCCUCUGGGCCCACGGACCCAGGACUCAGACUUCUCGGGCCCGAGAACCACCCUCGUCCGGGGAGCCCCAGGCGCGGAGACGCCCGGUGGCCCCUGGCGCCGUCAGCCGCCCGGCCGCAGCCCGGCUCCUGGGUGAGCGUCUUGCUCGCCUCGGCCCAGGAACAGAGCCUCGAGCGGGCUGCAUGUGCCCCCGCCGGUGCCCCCGCGGGCCUCAUGGCUUCCGUGCUCCUGCAGAGUCUGCAGGGGGGCCCGGGCGCAGCUAGUCCUGUCCCUCCACGCCCACUCUGGGAGCCUGUCAGCCUGCUGACCCCCGCAGACCUCUGGGGCGUCUCCGACAAGAGCCACAGCGGGCUGUGGGGAGAGGCCUCCUGGGGGCUGCUCCGCGGACGGGCCCCGUUCAAGUCCUGGCUGCACCCUCUGGGCGACUCAUUCCCCAGCUCCAGCCUCUGCGUCUGUCUGGGGGUGCCGGUGACAGAGCGCACGGCGCUGGGUCCCCACCCUGCCUGGGCAAGGGCUCAGCUGGAGUCGCCCACCGGGGUCUAGGAGGCAGCCCCCCACGGGGAGACAUGGGUGCCAGAAGCUCGGGAGCCUGGCGCCCCACACCCGCUCCCCCAGAGAAGCCCCUCCCCACGCUGAGGGCCAGCACGGCCUGCGCCCGUGGCCCUGGCAUGUCUCUGGCCACCUGGCCUGGAAGCGCGGGGGCCGGGGCCCUGACCCCACAGCUGCUGUGGCCACUGCUGCCGCCCCGCCCCCUUGGCCCUGUGCCACUGCUUGCUUUGCUUCCCGCGCCCUCCCCGCCCCUCCCCACGGGGCCCUGCCUGCUUUGUGGGCUCUCCCGCACUUUAUUUAUUCGCAGUCUGUUUCCCAGGCAGCAGAGCGGCUACACAAUCAGCCCCUGACCCCCAGUAGAUGGAUGUGAAAAGUCGCUGUGGUCCCCCCUGCACUGGUCAGCACACCUGGUCAGACCAAUGUUCUUGUUUCUGUCGUCAGAUCUGGUUGUCUGUGUAACUUAAAGAAUGUCUUGAAGUCAAUAAAGUCAAGUGAGUCCUG